GAUUCGUUUACUGGUUCUUUUUUCAUGUUAUCUGUGCAUGGCGACCUAUGUCUCUGAGUGCUACGAAUUCCCGCUAGCUGACGGCUUGAGAGUGAGAGAGUGGCUCCGGCGGAUGAGAUGGCAGAACUGGUGGCCAACUGGGAACUCAGUCCUGUGCUCGGAUCAUUUUGAGAAGGACUGCUUUGAACAAGUGGGCAGCCACAAACGACUGCGCAAAAAUGCCGUCCCGACUAUCUUUAACUUCCCUAAACAUCUGCAGUGGAAGGUCCCAGCUGUCAAGAGACGAUCUCUGAAUCGUAAGCCAGUUGAAGUGCCUAUCAAAACAAAACCAACCGCAGUAUCGGCACCAGUAACACCACGGCUUGAGGGGAAGUUUGUUCGUGUGCCUGUGGAUUCUGAUGGGUCCAGCCUUGGCCUCUUGCACGCUGGCAGCUUCCACGAUGACUACUGCAAACCACAGAGCUUUCACUGGAUGAAGCUUUCGGAGGGUGAUGAUGAGGCUGAUGAUGAUGAUGAAGAUGAUGAUGAUGCUAGUGAUCCUGGAAAUGACGUCGCCUAUGAUGAUGAUGCGCCUCUUGAAACACCUGAAAAUCCAAGCACUCAGUUUAUCCGGGUGACGGAGAGAUGGCAGUGGCUGAGUAUAGAUGUAACAGGGCCUUUUCAAGAAAGCAAAGGCCCCUAUAGCCACAUCGUGGUCAUCUGUGAUUAUUACACCAAGUGGAUUGAAAUCUUUCCAUCAGAAAAGCCUAAUUCUGAUUCCAUUGCCCUGCUUAUGUGUGAUGCCAUUUCCCGAUACGGGUUUCCUCUGGGAUUUCUCACACCUUGGGGUGCUCGAGGGAUCCAGGUCCGAACGGUUAACAGAGCCCUCAAUAAUAUUCUGAUGAUAAAGGACAUCUCCCUCGUCUCUCGGCAUCACCAGGCUUCGCAGCUUGAGCCCCACACACAAUACCACAUUGUUAAUAUGGUGGAAAAUCUGGUAAAGAAGUAUCCAGAGAGUUGGCAUGUUCGUUUGCCUGUCAGCGUGCUGCGCUUCAACUGCAGUGUGCACCCAGAAACCAAACACAGACCUCUGUCACUCCACCGCAGUGAGGGAACUAAACCCUACACAUCACCCAGGGAUCAGCCACUCAGUGAAGAUGACCUUGCAAAAUACACCUUCAAAAUCCAGAAACCAAACCCUUUAAAAGAAAUCGAGGCACUAAAACGAAUAUUCCGAGAAUCCGCGGACUGCAUAGUCAUUUCAUAAAACAAAAAGCGGGGUCUUUUGUUUCCUCUGUUGCUAGUGUGCCUAAUGUGACCAGUGUGUGGCUUCAGACUGAAGGUCCAGUGAGGAAGAGGAAGCAGUACAGACUGCUGGGGCGAAGGAUG